AUGUUGCACGUGCCUGUCUUUGCCACGAAUGAUGCUCAUGAGAGAUCUUGCCGCGCUGUCAUUGAACGUGCAGGAAUGGUGACUCACGCACAAACCAAGGCAGGCUUGGAACGCAGAGCCUUGGAAGCCAUUCAGCGACUUGGAUUUCGUGAAGCAGAAACUUUGACACUGAAUGGUGACUUCCAAAGAGCAGAUUCGUUUCGGAAAAGCAUUCGGGCCAACAUGUUGCAUCGCGAGAAGAUUCGUUUGUGGGGCCCAGUUCGUGCUCGUGAACCUUCGGUGGUGCACACUGUUUCUGUAGACUUGAGCCGCUUUCAACAGAUGACUUUGCCGUCCACUUUGUCUUCAGGCCCUUACGAAACUGCUGCGUCCGUCCGAGCACGUGGAGCUUGGCAACCUCCUCCUGAAGUUGCUACAACUGUUCAAGUGCCUGAAAAUUAUGGGGCUGCAAUGGAUCACACGGGAGCUCACUAUGACAGGUUUAUGGACACGUUGCUGGAGCUAUCAUUACGUGGCUUUCUUCCUCACCCUUGGAUCACGCUUGAGCCGAUGCAGGAUUCGGCUGGCAUGACUUGGGAAGAUGUCGAUGAAGCUGCUGGCGUGUGGGCUUCUUUCAAUUGUGUUGAGAUUGCCAAUGGUAGCGUUCGAUUGCUCAAAAAUGAGAAAGACUUUUGA